ACAAGACACGAGCUUUUCUUACAUUUGUCAAAGAAAGUGAAUUAAUUAACAUAGCUUGAUGGCUUCAUUGGUGAAAGGUAUUUUUAACAGAGGCGAAAAGCUGAAAGGAACUGUGGUGUUGAUGCAAAAGAAUGUUUUGGACAUCAACGCUCUCACUGCAGUUCAAAGCCCCGGUGGUAUAAUCGGUGGUGCCAUCGGCGCUAUCGGAGAUAUCGCCGGCUCUUUACUUGAUACCGCCACUUCUUUCUUGGGUCGUUCUAUUGCUUUCAAGUUGAUCAGUGCUACAACUGACGAUGGAACUGGAAAAGGAAAAGUAGGAAAGCAAACAUUUUUGGAAGGUCUUCUUACCUCUUUACCAACAUUGGGAGACAAACAAACUGCUUUCAGUAUUCAUUUUGAAUGGGACAGUGAUAUGGGAAUUCCAGGAGCUUUUUAUAUCGAUAAUUUUAUGCAAGGUGAAUUCUUCCUUGUGAGUUUGACUCUUGAAAAUGUUCCAAACCAUGAAACCAUCAACUUUGUUUGCAACUCAUGGGUUUACAAUUCUAAAAAGUACAAAACUGGUCGCAUUUUCUUUGCCAACAAGACAUAUCUUCCAAGUGAAACACCAGCUCCAUUAGUGUACUAUAGAAAGGAAGAAUUGAAAACUUUAAGAGGAGAUGGAACCGGAGAGCGUAAAGAAUGGGAAAGAAUAUAUGAUUAUGAUGUCUACAAUGAUUUGGGUGAGCCUGACAAGAAAAGUACCUUAGCUCGUCCAAUUCUUGGAGGAUCGAGCACCCUUCCUUAUCCUCGAAGGGGUAGAACCGGAAGAAAACCAACUAACAAAGAUCCUAAGAGUGAGAGUCGGAGCGACGUUGUUUACCUUCCAAGAGAUGAAUCAUUUGGUCACUUAAAGUCAUCAGAUUUUCUUGUUUACAUACUCAAAUCAGCAUCUCAAAAUAUCAUACCUCGGUUAAGAUCUGUAGUUACAUUACAACUUAAUGAACCUGAAUUUAAAGAUUUUGACGAUGUAACAUCGCUCUAUGAUGGUGGAAUUAAACUUCCUACUAACAUAUUAAGCGAAAUUAGUCCAAUACCAUUGUUUACCGAACUUUUCCGAAGUGAUGGUGAAUCGGCACUUAAAUUUCCACCACCUAAAGUGGUUCAAGUGGACGAUCUUGCAUGGAUGAAUGAUUCAGAAUUUGCAAGGGAGAUGAUUGCUGGUGUAAAUCCACACAUCAUCAAAAUACUUAAGGAAUUUCCACCAAAGAGCAAGUUAGAUAGUCAAAUCUAUGGUGAUAAUACUAGCACAAUAACCAAAAAACACUUAGAGCCAAACAUGAAUGGGGUCACCGUAGAACAGGCCAUCCAAAAUAAUAGAUUGUAUAUACUUGAUCACCACGAUCCACUUUUUCCAUAUUUGAGGAAAAUAAAUGCAACCGACACUAAGGCCUAUGCUACAAGAACCAUUCUUUUCUUGCAAGAUGAUGGAACAUUGAAUCCAUUGGCGAUUGAGCUAAGUAGGCCACAUCCUCAAGGUGAUAGUUUUGGUCCUGUUAGUAAUGUAUACAUGUCCGGAAUCGAAGGUGUUGAAGCUGCAAUGUGGAUACUUUGCAAGGCUUAUGUUGUCGUAAAUGACUCGUGUUAUCACCAACUUGUUAGCCAUUGGUUGAAUACUCACGCUGUUGUUGAGCCAUUCAUCAUUGCUACAAAUAGACAUCUUAGUGUGGUUCAUCCUAUUCAUAAACUUUUACUUCCACAUUAUCGUGAUACAAUGAACAUAAAUGCACUUGCACGAAAUGUCCUUGUCAAUGCUGAGGGUAUUAUAGAAUCAACAUUCUUGUGGGGAGAAUAUGCUUUGGAAAUGUCUUCAGCUGUUUACAAGGAUUGGGUUUUCACUGAGCAAGGACUACCUUAUGAUUUACUCAAAAGGGGAGUGGCUGUUGAGGAUCCAUCCUCACCAUAUGGCAUUCGCCUUCUAAUAGAAGACUACCCUUAUGCUUCUGAUGGACUAGAAAUAUGGGCUGCUAUCAAGUCAUGGGUUGAAGAAUAUGUGAAUUUUUACUACAAGUCAGAUGAUGCUAUUGCACAAGAUUCUGAACUCCAAGCAUUUUGGAAAGAACUUGUUGAGGUUGGUCAUGGUGACUUGAAGAAUGCUACAUGGUGGUUCAAGAUGCAAACUCGUAAAGAGUUGAUUGAAGCUUGCACCAUUCUCAUAUGGAUUGCUUCAGCACUUCAUGCAGCUGUUAAUUUUGGACAAUAUCCAUAUGGAGGAUAUAUCCUUAACCGACCAACUAAAAGCAGGAGAUUCAUGCCUGAAAAAGGAUCUCCAGAGUAUGAUGAUCUUUCUGAUGACUUCCAAAAGUUAUAUUUGAGGACAAUCACACCAAAGAAUGAUACCCUUACUGACCUCACCAUUAUAGAGAUCUUGUCUAGGCACGCUUCUGAUGAGCAAUACCUUGGACAGAGAAUUGAAGGUGAUCUAUGGACUUCAGACUCACAACCAGUAGAGGCCUAUAAGAGGUUUGGAAAGAAGUUGGUUGAAAUUGAGCAAAAGCUCACUGAAAGGAACAAUGAUAAGACACUUAAGAAUCGAAGUGGACCUGUGAAGAUGCCAUACACUCUUCUUUAUCCUUCUAGUGAAGAAGGAUUGACUUUCAGAGGCAUUCCCAACAGUAUCUCUAUUUAAAGAGGGUCAUGGUUGUUGUGUUUCUUCUAUGAAUAUGAAUGAUGAGAAGGAAUUCAAUUCCCUCGCUCAUUAUCCAUAUGGUCACAUUACUAUGUAUGUUUUUCUAAUUAUGUUUUUCUUUAAUCAAUAAGAAUUAUAUAUUGUGUUUGUUGUACCUUGUACCAAA